AUGCCUCUCGAGGCAUUGGGCCUUGCUGCCUCCCAGCAUGCUCAGAGCGUCUUCAACAUCGGAUACGCAUUCGCCAAGCACAAGAAGGAGAAGCCUCACCCUACCCCUCUGAUCUUCCCCCACACUCUUUACAUCCUCCCAUGUCUCGUUUUGCUUUCGCUGCUCUGGUUCGGUCUCAAGUGGGCUGCGCCGAGGGUCUACGCCAAGGUUCGCUCGUGCGCCACCCGAAGGCAGCCGAUCUUCCUGGGCGACGACGAUGAAAUCGAGCCCGACGUCGAAGUCGUCGAGAACGUCGAGCCGCCCCCCUGCAUGCCUUCGCAGGGUUUAUGGGCCGACCUCCGUUCGCACUGGAGCAACCUCCGCUCCAACGGCACCAUCAUAGUGUUCCUUGACCUCUUCAGGACCUUCCUCGUCGCCGCCCUUCUCGCCCUCAGCAUUUACGCCGCCAUUCUCGCCGAUGGACCUCCUCCCUAUGAUGAGGACACUUCCAGCGCCCCCGGCGGUGCUUUUGAGGCGCUCAAGAAGAAGAAGAAAAAGAAGAACAAGUCCACCGUCGACGACUACUCCAGCCUUGAGUGGGGAGAGAUGGGAUGCUGCGUCUUCUACCUGCGCCGCAAUCUCACGAACCACAUUGACAUCCUCCUCGCCAUCGCCUUUGGCAUCUACGCCUACCGCGAUAUCUGGCCGGAGCUGACGUACUACCUGUCGCCCUCUGACCUCAACAACUGGGUCACCUGGACUCGCAUCGGUAUGCUCUUCCUCGCCGGUAUUGUGACGCCGCUCGUCCGCCCCAGGACCUACGUUCCUGCCGACCCUUUGGCGCCCACGCCUCCGGAGCUCAUCCAUCCCGAGCAGACCGCCUCGCCGUUCAACUUUGUCUUCUACAACUUCAUGACCGAGCUGAUCCGCAAGGCUUGGAAGACGACCGCUCUCCCUUACGAUGACCUGCACCCCCUUGCCGACUAUGACCGCGCCUCGCACCUCUACGGCAAGCACAUGCACAAGCUCGACCCCAUGCGCCGCAAGGAGAAGGGCUGGAAGAAUGUGCACCUGUUCUGGAACCUCCUCCGCACGUUCCGCACGGAGUUCUUCUGGGCGGGUGUCAUGUGCGCCCUCACCGCAGUCUGGGAGAUCACUCCCACCGUUGCUCUUAACCGCCUCCUCAACUACAUCCAGGCCGAGGGCAAGGGCGCAAAGAUCAAGCCGUGGGUGUGGAUCGCCCUCCUCUUCCUCGGCCCGACCGAUCUCCUGUUCGACCACGCCCUUCGUCUCCGCAUGAAGGACACCGUGGAGGACGAGAAGCAGCCGGACGCCGACGUUCCCGAGAUUCAGGUCGAGGAGGUUGAGGAGCAGAACGGCCACUUCAACGGUGAGGCCAACGGCGAGACCAACGGUAAGGACAACAAGAAGGAGGCUGAGCCCGCGCCGGUCAAGGCUCCCCAGCAGGGCAUCAUCGGCCGCAUCAACGUCCUCAUGUCGCAAGACAUCGAGUCGCUCGUCGAGGGCCGUGACAUCCUGCUUUUCCUUGUCUACACGCCCACCUCGCUGAUCCUCUGCAUGUACAUUCUGUACCAGAUGCUCAGCUGGAGUGCCCUCUUUGGAGUCAUCGCCCUGCUGGUCACACUUCCUCUCCCCGGCUGGAUCACCAAGCUCUCUGCCGGUGUCCAGACCGCUAAGAUGGAGUCCACCGACGCCCGUGUCGACACUGUCACAGAAGCUAUUGGUGCUCUCCGCAUCAUCAAGAUGUUUGGCUGGGAGGACAGGAUCAAGGCUCGCAUCUCCGCGAAGCGUGAGGAGGAGCUCGUCCUGACCUGGAAGCGUCGUCUCCUGAACCUUAUUAACAACGUUGUUAAUCUGAUCCUCCCUGUUGUUACGAUGACAGUCUCCCUCGCCUCGUACACUCUUAUCCAGAAGCGGCCCCUGGACGCUGCCACCGUCUUCACCAGCAUGGGUAUCUUCGAGAUGCUCAAGGACCUCUUUGGUAUGACCUUCUGGAUGGUCAACCAGUACAUUACCUCUGGCGUUUCCCUCAACCGUAUCAACAAGUUCCUGAACGAGACCGAUAUGAUUGAUGCGUUCAGCCCGGGUGCUCAGCUCGACUUCCAGCAGACCCCCGAGCAGCUGGCUGCCAUUGACGACGGUCUCAUUCGCCUCAAGGACGCCGUGUUCGCCUGGGGCAAGGACUCGGAGAACAAGAACGUCAUGAACUUCCGCCUCAACAUUCCCGACGUGACCUUCCCUAAGGGCGAAGUCAGUCUCAUCUCUGGUCCUACCGGCAGCGGCAAGUCGUCGCUCCUCAAGGCGCUCAUCGGUGAGCUGCACUUUGAGGGCAAGCCUGGUUCGUUCUUCCACCUCCCUCGCCAGGGCGGCGUCUCGUACGCUGCUCAGGAGAGCUGGUGCCUGUCUUCGUCUAUCCGUGACAACAUCCUGUUCGGCAGCCCGUACGACGAGGCUCGUUACCGCAAGGUCAUCCACGACUGUGCUCUCGAGCCCGACCUCAAGAUGUUCGAUGAUGGUGACCAGACUGAGAUUGGUGAGAAGGGUGUCACUUUGAGUGGUGGCCAGAAGGCUCGCAUCACCCUCGCUCGUGCCAUCUACGCUCGCACUGCCACUGUUCUCCUUGACGACAUCUUCUCGGCUCUCGACACGCUCACCUCGCGCUUCAUCAUCGACAACCUCUUCAAGGGCGACCUUAUCGAGGGCCGCACUGUCAUCCUCAUCACGCACCACACUCACCUCGCUGCACCGAUCGCCUCGUACAUUGUCACCUUGAACGAGAACGGUGUCGUCACUCACGCCGGUCCUGUUGACUCGACCUGUGUCUCUGCCUCGAGCUCUGCUACCGACAUCUCUGAGCAGAAGAAGGAGGUUGAAGAGGCCAAGGACGCUGCUGCUACUGAGGCGAACGACAAGAUCGGUAACACCGAGGAGACCAAGAACAAGCUCAUCCAGGACGAGGAGAAGUCCGAGGGCCGCAUCUCGCGCAAGGCUCUGUUCCGCUUCUUCGGCUCGUUCGGAGGUGCUACGUUCUGGAUUCUCUUCUGGGGUCUCCUCUUCGCAAGCCAGGUUUUGGCCGCUCUCCAGCCCUACUGGCUCGGUCUCUGGGCUCGUGCCUACCAGACAUCGUCCAGCCCCACCACCGUCGACCCCGUCUUCUGGCUCGGCUGGUACAUGAUCUGGGUGGUGCUCGGCACUCUCUCCGUCGCCCUCGCCACCGUCCUGUACUACCAGGGCUCGAUGCGCGCGUCUCGCAUCGUCCACGCCCGCCUCGUCGACAAGAUCUUUGGCUCGUACCUCCGCUUCCUUGACACUACUCCCGUCGGCCGCAUCAUCUCGCGCUUCACGAAGGACAUGAAGCAGAUCGACGGCAACUUCACCGAGACCGCUAUCGGCGUCUUCACUAUGACCAUGGGCAUGCUCAUCAAGUUUGUCUCCGUCGUUGUCCUCGUUCCGCUCUUCUCGAUCCCCGCCAUCGUCAUUGGCCUCAUCGGCGCGUUCAUCGGCGAACUGUACAUCCACGGUCAGCUCUCCGUCAAGCGUGAGAUGUCGAAUGCCAAGUCGCCUCUGUUCUCGCACCUGUCUGCGUCGAUCAAUGGCAUUGUUUCGAUCCGCGCGUACGGCGCCCAGGAGCAGAUCAAGCGCGAGACUCAGGCCAAGGCCGACAAGUACACUCGUGCCGCGACUGCGUUCUACAACCUCAACCGCUGGGUUACUAUCCGUAUCGACAUGCUCGGCGGUGUCUUCUCGGCCCUUCUUGCCUCGUUCCUCAUCUACCUGUCGCCCCUUGACCCUUCGGACGCCGGUUUCGCUCUCCAGCAGGCCAUCUCGUUCUCGAUCAUGAUCCUUUGGUGGGUCCGCAUGAUCAACGAGAUGGAGGUGCAGGGCAACUCGGUCGAGCGUAUCGAGGACUACAUGGUCAUCGACCAGGAGCCUCCCAGCAUUCCCGAGCGCAAGCCUCCUGCCGCUUGGCCUACGUCUGGUGAGGUUGUUCUCGAGAACCUCUGCGCCAAGUACUCCGAGGAUGGCCCUACCGUGCUCGACCACAUCAACGUGCGCAUCGCUAGCGGCGAGAAGAUUGGUAUCGUUGGUCGCACCGGCAGCGGCAAGUCCACUAUGGCGCUUGCCCUCCUGCGCAUGAUCCCUACCAGCGGCGAGGUCUACAUUGACGGUAUCCGCACCGACAAGAUCAACCUCCACGACCUGCGCAGCAAUGUCACGAUUAUUCCCCAGGACCCCAUCCUGCUCAGCGGCAGCCUGCGCUUCAACCUCGACCCCUUCGGCGAGUACGCCGACAGCGUGCUCAUCGAUGCUAUGGACCAGUCGGGUCUUGGCCAGACUGCUUCGUACGCCGAGGCUGCUGACCCGGGGACCGCCACUCCCCAGCGCAUCACGCUCGACACUCUGAUUGCUGCGGGUGGCAGCAACCUGUCGCAGGGCCAGCGCCAGCUCGUCGCUCUCGCGCGUGCUCUCGUCCGCCAGUCCAAGGUUCUCAUUCUUGACGAGGCGAUGAGCAGCAUCGACAUCUCCCUGGACAACGAGGUGCAAAAGGCGAUCCGCAACCUGCCGCCGUCGACGACGGUGCUCACCAUCGCCCACCGCCUCGGCACCGUCAUGGACUACGACAAGAUCCUCGUUCUCGGCCACGGCAAGGUCCUCGAGUUUGACACGCCUGCCAACCUCAAGGCCAACCCUGACAGCUACUUUGCCAAGUUGGUCGAGGCCAUGGAGCAUUGA